CGAGACUCUUUCUCCUGUCUCUGUCUCCUUCCUCUUCUCUCUCUCUCUCUCUUCCCCAAUGCUUUGGUAUAUACUCCCAGCAUCUCUUUUAUCCUGCCCUUUCCAUUCCUUCUUUUAAAAUCCACUUUCUCUCCCUUCCUCUGGCACAGACUGCUCAACAAUGGCGCAUUCCUCUCCCAUACUCAAUCACAAGAACCAAUUCCUCUUCUCCUUCAUCUCCAAAACCUCCAACUCCAACUCUCACUCCCAUUACUCUCUCCGCCUCGCAAAACCGCCUCUUUCUCUCGGCUUCUCCUCUUCUUCUUCUCCUUCGCCGUCGCCGUCGUUGACGCCUCGUUUGCCCGUCGCGCGAGUCACCACCGCGCCGGUAGAGUUUGCGCCGCCGCCGCCUCCGGAAUUCGACUUCCGGCGAGAAAUCUCGCGCCUUAAAGCUCUUCGCUCUAGACUCUCGAGGUGUGAAAGCCUCCGAGAGAGGCUCAGAAUCGUCGGCGGUGACCGGAUAGUGAAGGACUUUUUUGGUUCCGGCAGAAGCGGUUUCUCUAGGGUUUUGGCCUCGUUGAAUUUGUGCUCCUACGAGUUGUUCUUGCUCAAGUGCUUGGUCGCGACCGGGCAGGAGCACGUGCUGACUUUCGGGUUUCAGUUCGUGGACGACGAAUUCGAGUCGGCGAGGGGCUCGAUCAAGAGCGCGCUUUAUGCUCUGGUUGGCAUGAUUGAGAAAUUGGACGUCAAUGGCGGUGGCGGCGAAUUGAAUGGGAUUGGUUUGACUUUGAACGAUGAAGACAUUGGGGACUUGAGGAAGCUGUUGAAGAUUUUGGGAGAGGUCGAACAGUUCUAUGAUUGCAUUGGAGGAAUUAUUGGAUAUCAGAUAACAGUUUUUGAGCUUCUUGCCGAGGCAAAAGCCGAAAGGCGGACUACAAAAAGGUCCAAACACAAACAUGAACUAAUGAACUGCCAGUUCUUGGAAAUCCAUGCUCCCAGUGGACUCGAUCUUGCUCAAAAUACAGAAUAUGCAUUAGAAGCUGCUUUAUGGGGAAUUGAGGGUUUGCCAUACUUGGGUGAAAUUUAUCCUUUGGGAGGCUCUGCAGAUAGGCUAGGGUUAGUUGAUCCCGACACAGGUGAUUGUCUUCCUGCUGCAAUGCUACCUUAUUGCGGGAGGACUUUGUUGGAAGGUCUCAUAAGAGAUCUUCAGGCUAGAGAGUUCUUGUACUUCAAGAUUUAUGGCAAGCAAUGCAUCACUCCUGUUGCAAUCAUGACAAGUUCGGCGAAGAACAACCAUGAGCACAUCGCUUCUCUUUGUGAAAGGCUUGGGUGGUUUGGAAGAGGUCAAUCAAGUUUCCAACUUUUUGAGCAGCCUCUUGUUCCAACUGUUAGUGCAGAAGAAGGCCAAUGGCUGGUUAGCAAACCUUUUUCACUUGUAUGCAAACCUGGCGGUCAUGGUGUAAUAUGGAAACUUGCUCAUGAUAAAGGCGUUUUCAAAUGGUUCUUUGAUCAGGGAAGAAGAGGAGCAACUGUCCGGCAAGUCAGCAAUGUUGUAGCAGCCACAGAUUUGACCCUCUUGGCAUUGGCGGGGAUUGGUCUGCACCAAGGAAAGAAACUGGGCUUUGCAUCCUGUAAGCGGAACUUGGGGGCUACAGAAGGAAUUAAUGUUCUAAUUGAGAAGAAAACCCUUGAUGGGAUCUGGGCCUAUGGUUUAUCAUGCAUUGAGUAUACAGAGUUUGAAAAGUUUGGAAUAGCAGAUGGACCUCUUUCUCCUAAUAGUUUGCAGGCAGAGUUUCCUGCGAAUACAAAUAUCUUGUACGUGGAUCUACCUUCUGCAGAGUUGGUUGGAUCGAGUAAUUAUGGUAACAGCUUACCUGGAAUGGUGCUCAAUACAAAAAAGCAAAUCUCAUUUGUAGACUAUUAUGGAAAACCACAGAGUGUCGCAGGUGGCAGGCUGGAGUGCACAAUGCAAAAUAUUGCUGAUAGCUUUUUCAAUACAUAUUCAUCUCGAUGUUACAAGGGUGUGGAAGAUAUGCUUGAUACCUUUAUUGUGUUUAAUAAAAGAAGAAGAGUGACAUCAUCUGCUAAGAAGAAACGAAGACAUGCGGACAAAUGUUUACAUCAGACUCCUGAUGGUUCACUGUUAGAUAUCUUAAGAAAUGCCUGCGAUCUUCUUUCUCAAUGCAAUAUUAAACUUCCUGAGAUUGAAGGCAAUGACAAAUAUGUUGAUUCUGGACCACCAUUUCUUAUCCUUCUGCACCCUGCUCUUGGCCCACUCUGGGAGAUCACAAGGCAAAAAUUCUAUGGAGGUUCCAUAUCCAAGGGCUCUGAACUACAAGUAGAGGUUGCAGAGUUUCUGUGGAGGAAUAUUCAGCUUGAUGGAAGCCUGGUCAUAGAGGCUGACAGUGUUAUGGGCUCGACUAGAAUUGAUGAGAAUGGAGAACAUAUCCUGCAAUAUGGGCACAGGUGUGGAAGAUGUAGAUUAGAAAAUGUCAAGGUAUUGAAUAAGGGAAUCGACUGGAACUGUGGAGACAGUGUGUAUUGGAAGCAUGCUGUGCAACGCUUUGAGGCAUGUAAAAUCAUAUUGCAUGGAAAUGCUGAAUUUGAGGCAACAGAUGUCACUAUACAGGGAAAUCAUAUAUUUGAAGUUCCAGAUGGUUACAAAUUGAAGGUCACAUCAGAAAGUUCAGGUAUGCAAGUCAAAUUAUACCCAAUUGGAAAGAAUAUGAUGGACAGUGGAAGCUGGUACUGGAACUACAAGAUAAAUGGCACGCAUAUUCAGUUGGAAUUAGCAGAGUUGUGAAACUACUCCUAACCAUAAUUCUCGACCCCGGACGUGAAUCCUGGUUCACAGAUGGCAUGGAUCUAUCCCUCAUAAAGUCAAAAUGCUGAGAUCUGAUUGGUUAAACACAAGUUGAACCAUCUCUCAUCGUCUUUACUUCUUUAUUGAUUUAUGUUAAUUUAUUUUGUUAGACCUUAAAGGGGUCUACCGAUUGCAGCUCACAUCAACUUUUUCUUAUCCUUUUUUUUAUUUUAUUUUUUUUAAUUCCUUUUAUUUUAUUAUUUGGCUCCUUUUUGGGAGGAGGAUGGAACUGCUCUUUGUAACUAAUGUAAUAUAUGUGCUUACUCGAGCAAUAAAAAUAUGUUCAAUUAUUUCUAA